UGAAAAGUGAGCGGCAGUUGGGCAGAGGGGCCCUGAGGUAAACGCUGUGGGAGACUGACUGUGCUGUGAGGGGACAGCUGGCGGUGCCUGUGAGUGAGAGCAGAGUUUGAGCUGUGACCCUCUCAAGAGUCCUGGUGACGUCGGGCGUAAGGGGUCACUGAUCCGCCCCAGAGGGCAAGUAGAUGUAGAGCCCAUCGACAGAGGUCCAGUACGGAGGAAUGGCCUGCUCCAGUUUGAUAGCUGCAGGCUGAGAGACUGAGAGAGGCAGAUUGUGAGGCGGAGCCGCUUGCCAUAUAAGGCUGCAGGAGGCCAGUUACUGCCCAGACAACUGGAGAGGAACCAUCCAGGACUCCCAGCCAUUCCAGUCUAGCGAGCCAGAGCCACCCCCGAGGGGAACCCGGGGCAUCCAAAGGGGAGCAGAAGGUCUACCCUCGAACUUCGGAGGAUAAUACAGGACCGAGCCCGGCGACAUGGCUUUACAGCCAUACCAGGCACAAGCACAGCAACCAUGACAGACCUCCAGGCGGACCAGGGCCCACCAAGCCCUCCGGCUCCCACCUCCACCACCACCACCACCACCACCACUCCACCUUCCAGCAUUCCCGGACCCUCAAUGAUGACAGGCCUCCAGGCGUACCUGGGAACACUGCGCCCUCCGGCUCCCACCUCCUCCACCUCCACCACCACCACCACCACUCCACCUUCCAGCAUUCCCGGACCCUCAAUGAUGACAGGCCUCCAGGCGUACCUGGGAACACUGCGCCAUCCGGCUCCCACCUCCUCCACCUCCACCACCACUACCACCACUCCACCUUCCAGCAUUCCCGGACCCUCAAUGAGACUCCAGGCGGACCAGGGCCAACCGCGCCCUCCGGCUCCCACCUUCACCACCACCACCAGCACCAGCACCACCAGACCAGCGUACAUCGCCGGACCCUCAAUGAGCCUCCAGUCGUACCUGGGCCGACUGCACCCUCUGGCUGCCUCCACCACCACCACCACCACCACCCGGCCAGUGGACGUACCUGUAGCCGAACCCUCAAUGAUGAGAGUCCUCCAGGCUUACCUGGACCUACUAGGUCCUCUGAUGACCACCACCCCACCAUCCAGGCAUUCCUGGACCCUCAAUAAGCCUCCAGGCGGACCAGGGCCCACUGCGCCCUCCGGCUCCCACCUCCACCACCACCAUCACCACCACCGCCCAACCAGGACAUGAACAGAGGGGCUAUGGGCCGGACAAUCUUUCGAGGGACAAGUCCGGCAAUUGCUUCUGAUCCUGUGGGCGGUGGUGAACCGAAUCUUUGAAAUUAUUUUGCAGAACAUUUAAUUUUUGUUUAUUUCUUUCAU